AGCGGGUACUAUACUUCGUACGUCGUACUUGCUGCUGAGGCACAACACAAGUCCCUGUACUCUUACUUUGCUACUGUACGAAGGAGUAUUCCCAUCCAAGACAGGGGACCAACGCCGACUUAUCCAAGUCUUCAUCCCUUCGCUCCCCUCUUACCUCGAUCAAUAACUUCACUUUCGCUUUCUUCAAUUUGCAUAUCCAGUCGACUAUACUGUAUAGCGCAUACUCUAUCCCUUGUAUCUCUACGACGCUCGUUACUUUUCAACGCCUUGAUUCUAUUUACAUUCGCCCUGUAUUACCCACGCCUUGAAACCGCUGCGUCAACCCCUCAAGUGACCGAGACACCUGGAAUACAUCAUCGAUCUACAGAAGACAUUCAUCGAAGCUAUUGAUAUCUGUGACGCCGGCGCUCGAUCGCGACGAUUAUUGCCCAGCGGCCAGGCCCCUUAUUGUCGUCGCCAACGACAACACAGCCCCCACCUACAGACCAAAGACCGCAAAGACUCCGAGUCGAGGCGACAACGACACAAGCCCAGUCGUUUCCUUGGAAUUCGACGACCUCUAUUCUCAUAUUGGAUAGCAACCGGGCUUCCUUUGUGGAAUAUAAACGACCAUGCAUCUGUUUCGGGGACAACCAGUGGCUAUAGCCCUACUGUCGACGUUGUUGGUAUCAUCAACCGCAUACGCUCAGGACCAAAAGUCGGAUACUACGGCGGAUAGUGGGAAAACAGACGCCUCAAAGACAGAUGCAACUAAAGCUAGCGAGACCAACAACAACACCGCAAAGCAGACAACGGCGCCGACAAAAGGCACUACCGACCAACCCUCAGAAACAGGAAACAACAACACUCCCACACCAACCCCAACAUCAGAUACUGGCGCGGUCAUAACAGGAGACAGUACCGGCACAAAUGAUGUCAAGGUUCCUCAGAGCACCAUCACAGAUGCGUCGGCCUCAAGUGAUAAUGCAGUUGGGCCAACCGACUUGCCCCAGAUUCCAGGUGGAUACAAGAUCCCCGUAGCACAAGUUCCCCCUACACUCAAUGCACCCUAUAUGCAGGCGUCCAAACUCCCUGCCGGCACGGUCUUCAUCGUCGUCGGUGCCAUCCUUGGCUUCCUCGCUCUAGCCGUCGUCUUGUGGCGCGGCCUCACAGUGUGGGCUCUGAAGCGGUCCGUAAAGCGCGCUGCCAAGGGGAACAACGUUCAAGACACCAAGGCCCUUCUCAACUUCCGCCCACCCGCAGCACCAGUAUACAACAGGUACUCUGACCGCGAUUCGACCCUCUCCCUCGCCAACCUCCGCAAGAGCCCCAAGCCAACCAGGCCCACAACAUCGAGCGGCGCCGCUCCAGGCCAAUCUCUCUUCUUCUCUCCCACCGCCGGUGGCUCCAUGCUCAACCCUGGCAACCGCAACUCCGGCUACCUCCCCUCAGGCUACUAUGCAGCGGGCGCAUCGGCCCCUGGAAACGGAUCUGGCAUGGCACACCUUGGCGGCAGCGGUCUCACUGCUCGCGAGGCAAUCUCAUUGUCGAAUCUGGGACCUCAGGCGAAGGGAUACGCACGCGCGCAGAGUCUCGGUACUACGCCGCCGGAUAGCCCACGGGUAGGACCGGCGCUGAGCCCAGGGCCGCAACACGGCAUGCACAUGAGCACAAGCACGUUGGAUCUGACGCAGAGGCCUGGCGGCAGAGCGCCGAGUGCCUACCUUGAGGAUCUGUUUGAUGAGGCUGGGGCUGCCCCAGGGAAUUAUCCGGUGAAUCACCCGAAUUAUCAGGGGCCCGCAAGAUAAGCUCUGAGCGGGUGAUGGGAACGGCAGUUGAGGGAAUGCGAAGGCAUGUAUCUUGAAGAGGAGGAUGAGAGGGGUUGAAGGGGGUGAAUUGAAAUCUUAACGAGUUGCACAAACGCAUUCAUUGUAUCUUUUUUGUAAUCGGGGGGAAGGCAUGGAGUUCGUCUACAUGCAUUACUAUCGGCGGCCUCACUGGCCCAUCCUUUUCCCUAUUUGUUUUUGGGCCGGGUGGCGGAGGAGCUUUUUCUGUCCUAACGGCGUGGUUAGAUUUCGAUUUGCGGUUGGUUUGGUCGCUCUGUUAUGGGUAGAUUGCGCGGACACGCGGAGGAAAAAUGGUGGCAUAAUGAUUGUAUGGUGGGGGGAUUGGAGAGUGUAUAUAUCGUAGUUGAAUGGAAGCACAUUAUCAGCUUAGAUCGUUGGGAGUUAUUUGAGUCUCGAGUUUUGUAUUUUAGCGACCAAUCUAUAUAAUAAGUCUAGUGUCUG